AUGAAAGCAGUCGUUGCCGGAGCAUCUGGUGGCAUUGGCCAGCCCUUGUCGCUUCUCCUCAAGACCUGCCCGCUCAUUGACGAGCUCAGCCUCUACGAUGUCGUGAACACACCCGGUGUCGCCACGGACCUUUCCCACAUCUCAUCGCCAGCGAAAGUCACGGGCUUCCUGCCUAAGGACGAUGGCAUGAAGAAUGCCUUCACCGGUGCCGAUGUCGUCGUUAUUCCGGCUGGCAUCCCCCGCAAGCCGGGCAUGACCCGUGAUGACCUCUUCAAGAUCAACGCCGGCAUCGUCCGCGACCUGAUCAAGGGCGCAGCCGAGUACUGCCCAAAGGCUUACUUCCUCAUCAUCUCCAACCCAGUCAACUCCACAGUCCCAAUCGCCGCUGAGGUCCUCAAGGGCGCGGGCGUCUUCGACCCCAAGAAGCUUUUUGGCGUCACCACGCUCGACGUUGUCCGCGCCGAGACCUUCGUCGCUGCCAUCACCGGCGCGAAGGAUCCCUCCAAGUGCAAGAUCCCGGUCAUCGGUGGUCACUCCGGCGAGACGAUUGUGCCGCUGUUCAGCCAGAGCGAGCCGAAGGCAGAUAUCCCAGAAGAUAAGCUUGAUGAUCUAAUUUACCGCGUACAGUUCGGCGGUGACGAGGUCGUCAAGGCCAAGGAUGGUGCAGGAUCUGCCACUCUCUCCAUGGCCUUCGCCGGCUACCGCUUCGCCGAGAAGAUCAUCAAGGCCGUCAACGGCGAGAGCGGCAUCGUUGAGCCGACCUACGUCUACCUGCCCGGCGUUGAGGGUGGUGACGAGAUCGCGAAGGAAACCGGCUGCGACUACUUCUCCGUACCUGUGGAGCUUGGCCCCGAGGGUGCCAAGAAGGCCCACAACGUCGUGUCCUCGGCCAACGACUACGAGAAGAAGCUCCUCGAGGCAUGCUACAAGGGUCUCAAGGGCAACAUCGAGAAGGGCAUUGAGUUCGUCAAGAGCUCGGCAGCAAAGUAA